AUGAACGACGACGCACUGCGAGCUUGUGACCUUUGCUAUUCAAGAAAGGUUCGCUGUGAUAAGCAACUGCGUUGUGCAAAUUGUACCGAUUCGGGCGUGGAGUGCACUCGUAUAAGGAUUCAACGACCUCGCAAACACUCGUCGUCAGUAAUAUCUGCUCUCGGGGAAAGAUUGUUAACCCUAGAAAGAACAGUUUCCGAGGGCAUUGAAAAUAUCACUCCACCCAGUGUGGCAGACUACCAUGAUAGAGAUACGCCAUCGAAAAAAAGGAGACUGGAUCAUGUCUCGCGCAUAGAAUAUGCUUCCCAAUCCCCCCGGGAUGACAUCGGAUCGACCACACACCAUGCAGAGAAGGCCAGAGGGGUUAUACAAGGAGAGCUUGAUGGAAAUGAGCGCAUGGAUCGUGAACGAAAGGCAAUCCUCAGAUCUGCCCUGCAAUUUGUGGAUAUUACAGGCCAGCGGAGAACCUCAAUUACCGAUAGAUCUUGGCCGUUAGAACUGCCACAUGAAGAUUUUCAACAUGCUGGUCCAUUUAUUGCACCAUCACCAGAGCUGGUUUACAUGCUUCUUUCAGAGCCAACAGCUGCCAUCAGGCGUUCUAAUUGCGUACAAUGGCCGGACCAUAUCUCGGAUAAAACACUAGAAAAGAUGGCUUCAACCAUUCUUAGCGACAAUGACCACGAGCGUGGGCAGGUAUUCUACCAGUAUAGUAUAUGCAUUUAUGUUAGGGCUAUCUUCCAUCUCUACCAAAAACCGAGAGCAUAUAAGGAUCCCCGCCUCAACGCCCAAUUUCUGAAGUCCAAAAAAUCAUAUGAAACGAAUGCCUUCCUCGCUCUCAGAAGUCUCAAUUUUUUGAGUCCUCCAACCCUUCCUUUUAUUCAGUCAUUGAUUUCUGGGGCAUUUUUAAUGAUGUAUCUUGGCAAUAUGAGCCAAUCCUGGAUUCUAAAUUCAUACGCUGCUCGGCUGAUCACCGCUUUUGGCUACCAUGAAAUUCAAAAUCCGGUUGGAAAUUCAAGCUUCGAUGAGGAGAUCCAUAGCGCUAUAUGCUGGUGUUUUUACCUCGACCGAACUCUGAGCACCCUUCUUUACCGACCAUUGUCACUGCCCGAGCCUCGUGUCUCUCCGUCGAAUCUAAUCAGUGCCGAAAAUUCUCUGCCACUUAUCCCGUUAAUACGGAUUUUGUUUGAUUUAGCUCAGAUCCAAGGAGAGCUGUUGAAUUGUGGAAAGGCAGAUAACACUCGCCAAAUAAUCGCCAAUCAUUCAAGACUCCAAGAACGAAUGGAGACCAUAUAUUCAAAAUUACAAUCUAGUCGAGCCUCGGCACCAGACUGUAUCGCUUCGGAUUGGAUCUCAGCUGAAUUUUGUUAUUAUGCGAUUCUAGUUGAUAUUCUUCGAUCACGUUUAAAAUGUACCUUUUCCCCAUUGACACAUAAAGAAUGUGUGUCAUAUUCUCGCAAAUCUCUCAGGGCGCUGCAUCACCUUCAGAAGAACCUCACGGAUAACCCGGGCUUCGUGGAUCCUUAUCCCUCAUUCCUAACAUGGACUGUUCUUCUAUACCCAUUAAGUCCAUUCUUCGUCAUCUUCUGCAACAUUAUUGGAGAAUUAGACAUGAAUGACUACAACCUAAUGCAAGACAUCACUCAAAGCCUGUCUCAGUUUGCCUCAAGUCCAUACAUUUCAAAACUGUUGAAACUGAUGGAUCACCUGCAGAAUCUCUGCAUACCAUUGAUCCAGGCCAAGCAGCGCAUGGGCCCGCAGGUCAAAGUCCCUACUUUGUAUCCUUCAAUGACUGGGACCUGGCACGACCAACCAGCUAGUGCUGAUGAGUAUGCACCCCUUACAACGGCGAGCUCUCCAUAUAUGGACUCUGUCACUGGAGCAAAUCCUCAAAAAUUGCCAACACCCAAUGAUGGAAGCUAUUCUCCCGGUGAUACGUUGAUGUGGCAAUUAUUUAAUAGCGAACUCUCGCUGGACUGGUUCGAGUCUGACCCUUUUUCUUAUUGA